CUUCCCUCCCUCUCNCCCGACGGCUUUGAGCGCGCCCACGAGGGCGACUGCGGCCUCAGCGACAGUGGCCCUCCCGGGGCCAGCGGUCGCGACAACAGUCGCGGUCGUGACCUCAACCGCAGCUUUCCCGACCAGUUCAGCACCGGCGAGCCCCCUGCCCUGGAUGAAGUGCCGGAGGUGCGCGCCCUCAUGGACUGGAUCCGCAGGAACAAGUUUGUGCUUUCUGGAAAUCUGCAUGGUGGCUCUGUGGUAGCAAGCUAUCCUUUUGAUGAUUCUCCAGAACAUAAGGCCACUGGAAUCUAUAGCAAAACCUCAGAUGAUGAAGUCUUUAAAUACUUGGCAAAAGCCUACGCAUCAAACCAUCCCAUAAUGAAAACUGGUGCACCUCAUUGUCCAGGAGAUGAAGACGAAACUUUCAAAGAUGGGAUCACAAACGGCGCACACUGGUAUGACGUGGAAGGUGGCAUGCAAGAUUACAAUUAUGUAUGGGCCAACUGUUUUGAGAUCACAUUAGAACUGUCUUGUUGCAAGUACCCCCCUGCUUCACAGCUUCGACAAGAAUGGGAGAACAAUCGUGAGUCUUUGAUCACAUUGAUUGAAAAGGUCCACAUUGGAGUUAAAGGAUUUGUUAAAGAUUCAGUAACGGGAUCUGGCUUAGAGAACGCAACCAUCUCAGUGGCUGGUAUUAAUCAUAAUAUCACAACAGGCAGAUUUGGUGAUUUCCACAGAUUACUUGUUCCUGGAACUUACAACAUUACAGCAGUUUUAACUGGGUAUAUGCCACUGACUGUUAAUAACAUAAUAGUGAAAGAAGGACCAGCCACAAAGGUGAAUUUUUCCCUUCGGCCAACUGUGGCUUCAAUAAUCCCUGACACAACUGAGAUGGUAGUAACCGCUAGCACAGUUGCUCUGCUUAAUAAUCUUCCUGGAACCCAAUCCUUACACCAGCCAAUUCAGCCAAAGGACUUUCAUCACCACCAUUUCCCUGAUAUGGAAAUCUUCCUGAGAAGGUUUGCCAAUGAAUAUCCUAACAUCACCCGGCUUUAUUCUUUGGGAAAAUCAGUAGAGUCAAGAGAACUUUAUGUAAUGGAGAUAUCUGAUAACCCAGGUGUCCAUGAACCAGGAGAUUCCGUGAGUGUAAUUGGCAGAAACAACAGCAACAACUUUGACCUGAACCGAAAUUUCCCAGACCAGUUCUUUCAGAUCACAGAUCCUACCCAACCAGAAACUAUUGCUGUAAUGAGCUGGAUGAAGUCCUAUCCAUUUGUACUGUCAGCAAACCUGCAUGGAGGUUCUUUGGUAGUGAACUACCCUUUUGAUGAUGAUGAACAAGGGCUUGCCACAUACAGUAAAUCACCAGAUGAUGCUGUGUUUCAACAAAUAGCACUUUCUUAUUCAAAGGAAAAUGCCCAGAUGUUUCAAGGUAGACCCUGCAAGAAUAUGUACCCUAAUGAAUACUUUCCUCAUGGAAUAACAAAUGGAGCUAGUUGGUAUAAUGUCCCAGGUGGUAUGCAGGACUGGAACUAUUUACAAACAAAUUGCUUUGAAGUGACUAUUGAGCUAGGUUGUGUGAAAUACCCAUUUGAGAAAGAUCUGCCAAAAUUUUGGGAACAGAAUCGAAGAUCUCUAAUCCAGUUUAUGAAACAGGUUCAUCAAGGUGUCAAAGGAUUUGUCCUAGAUGCCACGGACGGCAGGGGUAUAUUAAAUGCCACCAUUAGCGUUGCUGAAAUUAAUCACCCAGUGACUACUUACAAAACUGGAGAUUACUGGCGUCUCUUGGUUCCAGGAACUUAUAAGAUCACAGCAUCUGCUCGAGGGUAUAAUCCAGUUACCAAGAAUGUGACUGUAAAGAGUGAAGGUGCUAUUCAGGUCAACUUCACACUUGUUCGAUCGUCAGCAGAUUCAAACAAUGAAUCAAAGAAGGGAAAGGGGGACAGCACCAACACCGAUGAUGCCAGUGAUCCAACCACUAAAGAGUUUGAAACUUUAAUUAAAGACCUUUCAGCCGAGAAUGGUUUGGAAAGCCUCAUGUUACGGUCCUCCUCAAAUCUGGCUCUUUACCGAUACCACUCGUACAAAGACUUAUCAGAGUUUCUGAGAGGACUUGUGAUGAACUACCCACACAUCACAAAUCUCACCAAUUUGGGACAGAGUUCCGAAUAUCGUCACAUCUGGUCCCUUGAGAUCUCCAAUAAGCCCAACAUAUCUGAACCCGAAGAACCAAAGAUCCGUUUUGUUGCUGGUAUCCAUGGAAAUGCUCCAGUCGGAACUGAACUGCUUUUGGCCCUGGCGGAAUUUCUCUGCCUAAACUACAAAAAGAACCCAGCUGUUACUCAACUGGUUGACAGGACUAGAAUUGUGAUUGUCCCAUCUCUAAAUCCAGAUGGGCGAGAGAGGGCACAAGAGAAAGACUGUACUUCAAAAAGAGGACAGACAAAUGCUCAUGGCAAAGACUUGGAUACAGACUUCACAAAUAAUGCCUCCCAGCCUGAGACUAAAGCAAUCAUUGAAAAUUUGAUUCAAAAACAGGACUUCAGUCUUUCUGUUGCAUUAGAUGGUGGUUCAGUGCUGGUCACAUACCCGUAUGACAAACCAGUACAAACAGUGGAAAACAAAGAAACUCUGAAGCAUUUGGCAUCUCUUUAUGCAAAUAAUCAUCCAUCCAUGCACAUGGGUCAGCCCAGUUGCCCAAAUAAAUCAGAUGAGAAUAUCCCAGGAGGCGUAAUGCGUGGAGCAGAAUGGCACAGUCACCUGGGCAGCAUGAAGGAUUAUAGUGUCACCUAUGGCCACUGUCCGGAAAUCACAGUGUACACGAGCUGCUGCUACUUUCCCAGUGCAGCACAACUCCCUUCCUUGUGGGCAGAAAAUAAAAAAUCUCUUCUUAGCAUGUUGGUGGAGGUCCACAAGGGAGUUCAUGGUUUUGUUAAAGAUAAGACUGGAAAACCAAUUUCUAAAGCAGUCAUUGUACUCAAUGAAGGAAUAAAGGUACACACAAAAGAAGGGGGCUAUUUCCAUGUACUGUUAGCCCCAGGCGUCCAUAAUAUCAACGCCAUCGCUGAUGGGUAUCAGCAACAACAUUCACAGGUCUUUGUGCAUCAUGAUGCAGCUAGUUCUGUGGUAAUAGUCUUUGACACAGAUAACCGGAUAUUUGGUUUGCCAAGGGAGCUUGUGGUAACCGUAUCAGGUGCCACCAUGUCAGCGUUGAUCCUAACAGCUUGCAUUAUUUGGUGCAUCUGCUCAAUCAAGUCUAACAGACAUAAGGAUGGCUUUCAUCGGCUCAGGCAGCAUCACGAUGAGUAUGAAGAUGAAAUUCGCAUGAUGUCAACAGGCUCCAAGAAGUCCCUCUUAAGCCACGAGUUCCAGGAUGAAACAGACACUGAAGAGGAAACCUUAUAUUCUAGCAAACAUUGAAACAGACCUCGCACAUCUCCCAGCAUAAGUACCCAGCAAAAUUACAGUUCCUUUUGGGAGACACUGCAUUCAGAAGAGAGACUCUCUUGCUUCUUCAAAGAGCUUUGGGAAGUUAACUUGCUAAAUUUGUAUUCUCUGUGAAUUUGGCUGGCGGUUUUGAACUUCCCCUCCUUUAAGUACUGUUACCUUAAAAAAAAAAAAAA